GGGGCUUCCGAGGCACCGAGUCAAAGCUGGCUGCCGCCCGGGGCUUCCGCGCUUUCGAUUCUGCUUGCAGCGGUUUCUGUCGCUGCCGUCGCCCGGGGCGCCUGCCUCCCCGCCCCGCCGUCCGAACCCCCGAGGAGCGAGGAAACAGCUUUGAUCUCGGAGACCAAGGUCCCUGCUCUCCGCUCCCUUCAGCGCGGCCCGUUCGCUCCCGCUAGGAGCGUGCUGAAGGGGGCCGGUUGCUGGAACGGCCCCAGUGCUCCUUGGCUCAGAGGCCCUUCUCCCCAAAGCCACGCUGCAGAAACCUUGCCCUCUUGCAGCUGAGAGGAGUCACACAGAUCUCAGACCUGAACCAGCGAAAAGGCUGCCUGAAGGAUGGGUGAGACCUUCUCCCAGCUGGACUCUCUAGAGGAGAACAAGUCCAUCCUGUCCCCGGACCCAGCCACUGGUCAUAAAGCCAACAGCUACUCCAGCACCCGUAGGAGCAAGUCCUUUAGUUCCUGUGUGCCUCGUGAAGGGGCUGCUGGUGGUGGCUUUGUGACUUGUCCCACCUGCCAGGGCAGUGGGGAGAUCCCCCGAGAGCUAGAGAAGCAGCUGGUGGCCCUCAUCCCCUACGGGGACCAGAGGCUGAAGCCCAGACACACGAAACUCUUCGUGUUCCUAGCAGUGCUCAUCUGCCUGGUGACCUCCACCCUUAUCGUCUUUUUCCUGUUUCCCCGGUCCAUCGCUGUGCAGCCUGCGGGCCUCAACUCCUCCACAGUGGCCUUUGGCAAGGCUGAUAUCCACCUCAACAUAACGAAUGUCUUGAACAUCUCUAAUCGCAACUACUACCCCAUCACUGUGACCCAGCUGGCCAUCGAGAUCCUGCAUCUCUCCCUCGUGGUGGGGCAGGUCUCUGAGAGCCUCUUCCUGCCCAUCAGCCCUUUGGGCAAUGAACAGAUGUUUUAUGCGGUGGCCAGCAGGAUAUUGGAUGAAAAUACAUACAAAAUAUGUACCUGGCAGAAAAUCAAAGUCCAUCAUGUGCUUUUGCACAUCCAGGGUACCCUGACCUGUUCCUACCUGAGCCAUUCAGAGCAGCUGGUUUUCCAGAGCUAUGAGUACGUGGACUGCCAGGAAAACUCGUCUGUGCCCCAUUUGCUGGCCUCUCACCCACCGUGACCUGUCUACUGUCCCCUGUACUCCAGGAACCUACCAACCGGGUCUGUAUCUUCCUCAACUCCGUUGUGCCCAAGGAUGGACUGUAGUGACUCUUCCAAAGGAAAAACGCUGCUUUACCCUUCCCUCACCCCCACUUCCAUACACACACACCUACACACACUCUGACAUCCUCUGAUUUUCCACAGGAAUAGAAACGGGGUUCCCCCAGGGGCUAGAAUCUGAUUCUGCUCUUGGUCUGCCUUCAAGUCCCUGGAGUGGCACCUGCCCUUUCUGACUGAGCACCUCGCUGGUCACGCUCCCCAGGGCUGGCUCUUCUCUUCCUCCUCCUUUCUCUGUGGAAAAAGCUGAGAUUUUAUCUGGCUUUCCAGGUUCUCCACCCAUAGGAGAGUAGCUUUGGGGGCAUCCACUGCUACCUCCAAGGCCUUUUCAGAUUCAUAGAUGCUCUCCUAUCCCUCCCUGCUUUGAUCAUGUGACAAAGUGAUGGUGGUGGACUGUCACUCUCCUAGUAACUUGUCCCCCGCCCAUCUGACAGCAAGAUUAGCCAAGUCCUUUGGCCCUCUGUCCCUUCUGAUUGAUGACUGCCCCAGGUUCCUAGGAAAACACUCCAGAGAAAGCUCUUCCUCUACAUAAAAUACUCUUAUUCAGCAGGAGUCAAAGUAGCAGAGGAGAGGAGGAAGGCACCUGGGCACCCCCGGGGCCUACACAGGGAAAACUGAGCCAAAGUCAUUUUAUAAGAGUUUAUUAAAGGAC